UAAUAGCUUGCUUUGAAAUAGCCAGAGAAAGAUAAGAUGAAGAAGAGCUACAACCUCAACCUUCUCUUUCUUGCGUUUCUCAUUGUCUUCUUCAAUUCCCUCUUUGCCAUAUCCAUUGCUUUUGAAUCUGAAACUGAUAAUGAAGUUCAAUAUACAUACAAUGAAGGAACUGGGAAAGGACCAAAGAAAUGGGGUCUUAUAAACAAAAAAUGGGAAGCAUGUAACAAUGGAAAAAUGCAAUCACCUGUCAAUAUUCUUAAAGAAAAAGUUGAAGUUUUGCCAGGUUUAGGCAAAUUAAAAAGGAACUACAAACCAGCUCCUGCAACAGUCAAGAAUAGGGGACAUGAUAUCACUGUGAGAUGGAAAGAAGAUGCAGGAAAAAUUAUGAUCAAUGGGACUGUUUUUAAACUACUACAAUGUCAUUGGCAUUCACCAUCUGAGCACACCUUCAAUGGUUCAAGGUAUGAGCUGGAGCUUCACAUGGUUCAUAUAAGCUCUGGAGGAGGGAAAGCUGUGAUAGGAAUAGUUUACAAAUAUGGGAGGGCUGAUCCCUUCCUUUCAAAGCUAUUUCAUCACAUAAAAUCAGUUGGGAAAGAGGAGAGAGAUUUAGGGAUGGUUAAUCCAGGAGAUAUCAAAUUUGGGAGCAGAAAAUAUUAUAGAUAUGUUGGUUCUCUUACAGUUCCUCCUUGCACUGAAGGAGUGAUUUGGACAAUUGGCAAGAAGGUAAGAACUGCUUCAAGGGAGCAAGUGAAAGCACUAAGGGAUGCUGUUCAUGAUGGUUUUAAGGCAAAUGCAAGGCCAAUUCAGCCAUUAGAUGGAAGAGCAAUUUAUUUGUACUCUCCCCACAAGAAUUAAUUAAGGCUCUGCUUGAAGUGCUUCAUAACAGAAAUACAAAAGAGAGUUGUUGAUGUGGUGCAUGCCACUAAUAAAAUAAACAACACCUCUAGAGACCACCAACCACUCAAGCUCAAAGAUUUUCAAUCACACCAAUAAGUUCAUUUGCAUAAAAUGUUUUUUGCUUUAUCAUUGGUAUAUACCAAUUUUUAAAUUCUACACAUUUUCUCUUUAAGAGACUGUAUUUUCACAUAUAGAAAGACUUGUAAUUGGUGUAUUUUUAAAUAAUUUGAGU